GCACCUCGCGAUAUCCGUCAUAAUCCCAUAUGCGGCCCCUACUUUUAUAGCUGAUGCGGACCGGGCGCCGAGCCUGUCACGCUGCCCUCCACCAUGUUCACCAGCUCGCGGAGGCAUCGGCCACCAAACCCUCCUCUAAAUUCCACCACCGCUAACCCGAAUGCUACGUCCGCCGCCGCCUCCGCCUUCAUGUCUGCCUCGAGUCAGAAGCCCAACAGGACGCUCUCGUCCGCCGCCGCCGCCGCCGCCCUGCGAGCGCGUCCCCAUACCCCCACAAAUGUAGGAGAGGUGCAGACAAAACGGAUGAUGCGUCGAAGUGCCUCCGUAUCCUCGUCGGGUAGCGUCUCUGCUGCCGCCGCCGCUGCCGCCAGCACGAAUACUUCACGCCCAACUGGGCAGCUGCAGAGGAAGGUUAGCUCGGGGAGCAUGACGGAACGCACCUUUCGAAGCCCGUCUCCACAUCGGACCACAUCGACAAGAGAAGCGGAAGAACGCCCCCCCGUGCCUCAAAUACCCGACGGCCACAAGAAGUCGGCAAGCCUCACCUCUGUCGCGACGGGGAUGCAAACCUUUCAGACCGCCUCCCAGAAGAUGAAGAGCAGCCAUCCUUCGUGGUACACACAGCCGUCGGGCGAUCCGAGUAAUGUGAGGACAUCGGAUGCGCCGAUGCGGACGAGUACGAUCCAGCCGUCCAAGGCAGAGAUCCCUCCAGUUACAUCGCCACGACCUGACAGCCGAAGCUCUUUGGUAAACUUUUCGUAUCCCACCGCAUUUCGGACCCAAUCUCCUCCGGAUUCCCCUGGUUCGACUCACGCGCUGCAACUAAGUGGCCCGCCACCCCGAACGCCCGCGUCGCCGCCAAGAUCCAAUCGAGCUUCGAUAUCUUCGUCCGCAGGCGGACCACCCGAUCAACCGAUGGUCUACGACCCAAAUUCCAGGAGGAUGGUUCCGAAGGCAGCGUUGGGUGCCGCUGAAUACUACUAUAUCAAGGAGGCCACCGGAAGAAAGCAGAAGAAGAAAAAAAAGGACGGGGUACGGAGGGAGGGUGACUACCCGACGAAAGGAGCGGUUGGGAGGGCUAAGGCAUCUACCAUGGGCAACGAUGCGACUGAGCCAGAUUUCCCAAAGCGAGAGCAACCCGUCUUCGAAGCAGCAUCGACGGAAGAAGAAUCGCGGGUAUUAGAAGAGCCCACAGUAAGACCCGCCAUCACGACGUCAAUAAAGCAGGAGCAGCCACAGGAUGAACACCAGAAGGACCGGCCGGCGCGGGCGCACGAUUCUCUCAAGUUCAAGCCUGAUGCCCCCCCGCCACCCCGGCAAGCUUCCCGUGACCCGGUCGCGAGCUCCGUAACUGGUCUUCCUUUGGGGAGGAAACCGUCGACCGUACACGAAGAAAACGAGGAGGCUGACGAGCGAGUCGAUCGUCCUGUUCGGUCAUCCCAGAAAGUGCUCGAUGCACUAGACGCCGUGCCGACAAGGCAGUCUAUCUACGAGGCCCCCGAGAAAGAGCAGAAUUAUAGCCAAGAUCCAGGACGAGUAACCUCUCCAGUCGAAAAUACCGCUACGAGAGAGAAGAAGGAUGUCCGAGUAGAAAACAAACCCAUAGAGAACAAACCGGUUGUCGAGCUUGCUCAAGAAGAAGUUGGUAUGAGACGAUCAGCUUCUAAUAGCCCGGUCCGCCAGGCCCGUUUUUCCACGUCCCCCUCGGAUAGUCUUGCGGUGCGACAUACUCCUCUGCCAAGGUCGGCAUCGCCUAUCAAGUCAGCAUUGAAGCGUAGCAGUCCGACGCCUCGGGAUAUGUCACCAUCAGAUAGAGACUCAAAUAUCUCGGGAUCCCGCGGCGUGUCCCCCCACCAGCCAGAGGAGCAGGGGAUUUCUCGCAAGAAGUCGGUUCGCGUUAGUUUUGAUGACAGAACCAUGGCGAAGGUCGUGGGAGAAUCUGCACCCGUCGAGGAUGUAGACUCGCAAGUCCCUCCAAGCCCGCAACACGUCAAGCGACCCUGGUAUACCACCAUUGGUCGUAGCAAACGAAGAGAAUUUACUCUCGACGACGACGAAAUCAUGAAGCCUCGGCCUGCACUGCCAAGCUUUGGUAGCAUAAGGGAUAAGAGAACGAGAGAUUCCGGAGAGCGCCCCCUCGUCCGACCCCAGGACCCCUCUUCAUCCGCAACGCCUUCGCCGGACAUCCAUCCCUCUAGCACGGGUACGCCCGGGGAAACUGGCACACCUGGAGAGCUACCUCUCGGCCAGUCCAGUGACCACGCCAUAGGUUCGAUACUUGCCCAGGAAACAGCCGCGCGGAAUGCACCGAAUAUAUCCAGGUUCAGGGAACCGCUACCCCCGGUUGUCACCUCUGUAGAAGGGAACGGCUACGUAUCAGAUAGUCUAAAGAGCACCGACUCUGACGACGAUCUUCUCGAUAGUGAUGCGGAUAUGAUUACCAGCGCACGAAACGACCCGCUGAACGACGGGACUACGGGAGGAGAGCAAAAGCCCGUCUAUUCGAACGAGGAGGUUCCAAAUGUCCCUCAUACGUCAACACGAGAAGUCCCAGAUAUCGCCAUCAUACAGCCCAGCCCAAAGAUCCCCGGAUCCGACGCUGUGUCUGUGAAGUCGCUGGAGGAUAACGUUCUCGACGUCCCAGGGGGCUUCCCAGACGACGCUGAUACGGGUCGUGGUACUGAUACUCCGCCUAGAGCCACUGAAACCGAGCCUUACAGGGCCGUUUCUUCCCCUACUAGUAUCUUCGAGCCGAAGGCAGCACCUCUCGGUCGGCCGGCGGUGUCACCCCAGUUUACGCUCGCCACAACAGCCCCGGUAAGCACGCCAGACGGUGAACCCACAGACAGCUCCGAUUCGGACGUAUAUAGCGAUGCGUACGACGAUCUCUCCAAUGUCGAGGGUGAUGGCUACAUGUCUUUAGACGCCGUUGUCGAUGAGCCCGUCAACAAAGAUGCCACAUCUCAGCUUCAUGAGCUACCAAGCGAUGUGCCAGAGCAGAAGGCUUCUCGGGAAUCUCAGCCGCAGACCGAUGAACAACCUCCAGCUGCCGCUACACCCCGGGAGCCGCCCCAAGACAGGGACGACUGGGAACGGGCAAAGGCGUAUUGGCGUACCUUGACAGCCGAGAAGAGGCAGCAGCUAGAACGCGAGGCAUUAGAGGAGGCUGGCACCGACGGUGACGAGGAUGAGACCCCGCGCCCAGUUCGAACGAGCGAUAGUACGAAGGAACUCGUGCAGAAACGGCUGGCGGAGAGUAGCGCCCAGCCGCCGGCCUCGACAAAGCCGCUAGAAUCCGCCCCGCAAGUCAACCCAGAGAGAGCAUAUACAGUUGAGAAUGAGUCAAGAGGUGCUCGUCAGCCCGCAACCCCGCCACCAGCUUCGACAAGAAUACGAUCGUCAUUUCGUGCGGAAAACGCUCUACAACCUACAAAGCCGCAAAGUUCAGGGGUCCUACGCAAAACACUGAGGCCCCACCCCGCACCAGAGCAGAACAAGCAACCUUCGCCGGAGCGCGCGAGACAGCAUGGAAAGUCGAUGUCUGUCUUAUCGAAGCCAACCCAGAGUCAAAGUCCGAGAGCCCCUCAAGCAUUAGCUUCCGACACAUCAAGGGGUGCUUUUCCCAGCGACAGGCCUCGGUCGCAACGUCGGGGGUCCGAUGCCAGCGAAAGCAGCUUCAAGCGCAACCGCCCUCCUCGGAGCGGAGGUUUUAUGCUCCGCAACUCUAUGCGGCCGCAAACCGCCAUCGCACCCGCCAGCGCCACCAAGGGCUCCGGACGGUUUAGUUUACGGUCCCUUUCCCCUAGCGGCUCUACGUUCCGUCAUAGCCUAGCGACCAAUCCUGCGGGCGGCCCUCCCGUCACCAUGAUGCGGCAGACCAUGCGGCCUAGCAGCGUCUCGAGCCAAGAGAAAAUACUCUCUUCCAUCCACUUCCCGUCCUUCGGCCGGUCCUCCAAGCCGUCUCACGCAAUCCGCUCCAAGAAGACCAGUCGAUUUGACAACUCGAGCGACGACGAAGACGUGCACCCCCCGGGCUUUCGCAGCCGCUUCGACGAUUCAAGCGACGACGAAGACGUUCGUCCCGGCUCUUCGUCACAGCCUAGCCCGCUUGCCAGAGCCACCCUCCGCGGGCGGGCAAUCGGGACGGUGGCAGCGGGUUUCAGGAAAUCCACACCCGUCCCCGAGGCAGAUGAGGGCUCGCCGGAGCUCGCCAACAGCGACGACGACACGAUGCCCAGCCCCCUGCAGACCCCUCGACAGCGGUCCAGCCUCCCCAGCGCGGGAUUCGCGCGGUCGAACUCGGCGGCCCUCGGAACUUCGGCACUGACACGGUCGCGAUCCGGCCGGGGCGGGUUUAACGCAUCCUCGUCCGCGCCAUCGGACCACGACGGGCGCAGUUCGCUACUCGGGAUCCUGCGGAGGCGUAAUAAAAGAUCGGGCGACCAGGCCGGCAAGAUACAGCGAUCCGAGCUGACCGAGAGCGCCGCGAGGCGGGACACUCGGCUCGAGCGCAGCAGCGAGAAGCUGAGGGAUACCCGCUCCGACCACGGCCGCGCCCCGUCCGGCGCCAAGCUCCGGAAGCUCUCUUCGGCGAGCACGAGAAGCAACGGCUACGGCUGGCCCCUAGGCGAGCACGUCGAGGGCGACGGCGCCGCCAGCAGGGCCAGAGGAGCCGAAGAAACUCGGCGGCCGAGCUCGGCGGGGGGUCCGUUCCUCGGCCACCAGCCGCGGCCGCCGCUGCCGCCAGACGACGUUAGAGGGAGGCGGACGGUGAGCCUCAACUUGCCGCCGACGGCGACGACGUACGAGCCGGCCGGCGAGCGCGGCGGCUACCAGGGGGGCGGCGGCGGCGGCGGCGGCAGCCUGAGCGCCGAGGGGCCGGGGUACACGAGGAAGAAGAAGAAGUUCGGCGCACUGCGCCGCAUGUUGGGGCUGGACGACUAGGGGACAUCCGGACCCGGCGACGACGGCAAGGUCGGGGGCGUGGACGCGGACCGGAGGACGAGCGGCAUCCCCGCCGCCGACAGCGGCAGCAG